AUGAAGGCACCGCUACUCCUGCUGACCAUAACAGCCAGUGUUCUCAGCGUUCCCGUCGACAAGGCAUACGACAGCGGACGCGAGAACGGUACGCCGAGACUACUACGUGCGGGCUGGCGUUUAUCGGACGGCUCCACGACCGAUGAAGGCUCUUACGGUUACACGGACCCGUUCGGCAAGAGACGCGGUGACCAUUACACAUCCGACGAAGGUGGCUUCGUCCCCAGAGACGAUCACGGUCCCAACAUCCCUUCAGAGGUUGACCAAAGCGUGGACCAAGUUGCCCAGCAAAGCGAAAGAAAACAGAUCGUUCGAGACUUUGAUGUAGCAAGAUCUCUAGGUCGUUCAACCGCGAGGCCCAGGCGUCCACAGCCUCCAUUCUACAGGGGUUCGGAAUACCUGGCGGAGAAACCAGCGUUGCCACCGCAUGUCCUCAAGGCGAGGUCCGGAGAUACGUUUAGAGUACGUUCCAGGUCGAGACCAGUGUACAGGCCUUUGUAUACGUCGAGCGAUCACUUAGCUGAACGGCCGGCCAUUCCUAUACCGCAGAUCGAGGCUUACGAGAGCAGUAGGGGGCCAGUGGGUUUGAUUCCUUACGUGGAAGAAGUCGUGCAGGAGGAACCUUCAACGGAAAAGUCUACGAAUGCAGCACGGGAGGAGGUUACGGUUGUCCCUCUAAGGUUCUCGAAGCCUAGUGCGGUACCGGACGUAACGACGUACUCUCCGGGCCCUGUCCUUGCUGAAGGAGAUGCAGUUGAACUUGACGCAAAGCCCGAUUCAACAGACGAGAAUAAAGACGACGCUUCUAGCAACGUCCAAACCACCACUCAAGCGCCAACGCAAACGCAGGGCACGACAUAUGAAAACACUCCUGAACAGGCUAAUGCCCUGUCAUACUCGUCCACGCUUGAAGAGAGCUUUCCUUCUGCUCCCCUGACGUCUCUAAGACCCGAAGAACCUUUUUCGACCACCACGGUCAGCACCAGCGCGAAGACGGAGGAAGCAGAUGGUUUGGUAUUAUACUCGGAUGACGCUGAAGUCGCGCCCGAACCCUCGAGGCGACAUCCGGUUCCCCCUCUGACGACGCCUCCAGUCCUAACGUCACCAAAACCUCCGUCUGCGUCAUCGCUCUAUCCGCCAAGGAAACGGUACACGUUCAAGCCCUUUGUAAAAACCAGUGCUGUAACGGUUCCAACUACUGUCGCCACGGUGGCAGUACAGGAUGUUCUCUAUUCCGGAGUCGGCACGUCAGGUGACAACGUCCAGGAAAGAGUUCCAGCCGUAAGCGUCAGCCCUAGUGCUGGAUUUGAAACCACUCGUAACCUUCUCAUAUCGACAGAACCUACUGUACAUGAGAACGAUAACAUUCCGGAAGUACCUCAGGAACCAGAAGAACAAGAAACCACAGAAAACCGCGAUGAACUUACACAAGGGGUAACGUCAGUUCCUCAGGCUACCGAGAUAUCCGAAUUGACUAAAACAGCAGAAGAGAAAGUUGCAGAGAAAAACGGAGCGUACUCUGAAGUUACCACGAGCAGUACCGUGGUAGAGCCGGGGGCGCAGGUAGUACCGGGAGAGUCCAGUGACGUGCAGACACAAGAGGUUCCGUCUGAAGCACUAAAGCAAGGCGAAGAUGGCGUUGCUACGACACAGGCACAAAGUUCUAGCGUUCUUCCUCUCUCUAAAGUGACGUCAGAAACAGAACCUACCCACGCGUCAGGAGUAGAGCCAGCCGAGGAAGUGACAUCUGCGGUGUCUCAACCGGAAAGCACGGUUGUCCCCUACCAUGAUGGGGCACAUUCUCCAGAACGACCACAAGACAGCACUGCUCUUGCAGAAGGCGUAAGUGUUUCGCAGCUUCCAGGGAAUGAACCAGUCACAGUUGUCUCCCCAGCGGAAGUAGAAGGAACUAGCCAGAAAGGCCAACCUCUUGUACUGUCCACAGACGCGGCAACGCUGGACAAGUUUGAACAGAAGGAAGGCCCUCCAUCCUCUGAAAGUCCAGAAAGCUCUUUUGUUACGCAAAAUGAAGAGUCUGCCGUAACGAAUGAGGACAAAAGCGAAACCGAUGCAGCGCUGCCUAGUUCCUCUUCAGCGCCUUCGACGAACGCGCAAACGGUUCAGUCGUCGGUCACGACAAGUGAUCCUCCGUAUUCCGAAAGUAAAGCACCUGAGUCUGCUACCACCGGACCCGUACAACCGACGGAGCUCUCAACAGAGACUGGUCUUGAGGAAACUGACGACAAAUUACAGCCUGGGCAGUUCGCGAGGGGUCUUCAACCUGCUCAUAGCAUACAUCCGGACAGUGCGUCUAGCAAACUAGUGUUUUAA